AUGAGUGAACAAAUUAGUGUGGUUCUUUUUGGACUCACCGGGCAAGGAAAAUCCUCAAUUGCUAACAUGCUGAUACAAGGUGACAUUCGUCAUAAAGAAAAUAAAUUCGUGGUUAAUGACGACGCUAUCGGUGCAAGUGCUCAAAUAAAAUGUAAUGCUAAUGAUGCAUUUAUAGUGCACGAUACGAUUGGAGUAGGUGAAACAAAUUGCGGAAGUGUUCCGCAUAAGGAGGCUGUCAAAAGGAUAAGAAAUUAUUUUUCAGAAUGUAAGAUGCCACUCAACUAUAUAGCUUUCGUUAAAAAAAAAGGUAGAUUUACGGAAGAAGAUCGUAAAAUGUUCAAAAUAUUUAAAGAGAUCUUUGAGGGGGGAGAGAAAAAUUUCAUCAUCAUCAUUACAAAUAGUGGUCCGGAGUGGGUCAAGAAAUACUCAAAAACAAUAAAGGAGAAUCUUGGAGAUCAUCCGAUUAUUCCGGUCGAUUUUCCGUGGAGUGAAGAUGAAAAUUUUUACGAAAGUGUAAUUAAGCGAAAGAAAAGAAUACAAAGUCUGUUACAUUUAAUUGAUGAGCUUUUUAAUUUAGAAUAUGAGGGUAUUGAACUAGAGGUUCUUGACUCGGUCCAGGCGAUUCCAGUGGUUGGUCGUCUAAUUUCUUCUAUAUUUUUUAAGAAAUAG